UCCAGGAGGGUGUGGCGCGCCGCGUGCGAAGGGUCCCCCGCUCCUUCCGCCUUCUGCGCAGGCGCAUCCCUCCCCGCCUCCCCCCGCCGGGAGAGGGUUGAAUGGUACCUUCCAGCCCGGGUUGGUCCCUGGGCUUGUGGCAGCCAAAUGAAGUAGCGCUUGGGAGCUGCUACCCGAGGCAUCCUCAGAGCAGCGGCGGAGGCAGGCGAGCGGGAGGGAGGAGACGGCGGCGCCUGCUGCUGCUGCUCUUGCAGCCGGUCCUCCGACUUAACCCGAGAUAAGAACUGCCGCGGGAUAAGAGCCAGCCAGGCAGCCGGCAGCCGCUCUUUCUCCUCUGGCCACCCCUCCCUCCUCCCUUCCCCAUCCACGCCGGGACAAAGCCAUGAAGCCGGCGCUGCUGGAAGUAAUGAGGAUGAACCGGAUUUGUCGGAUGGUGCUGGUCACUUGCUUGGGAUCCUUCGCCCUGGUCAUCUUCUAUUUCCAAAGUAUGUUGCAUCCAGUAAUACGUAGGAAUCCAUUUGGGAUGGACAUCUGCUGCCGGAAGGGGUCACGAAGUCCCCUGCAGGAACUCUACAACCCAACACAGUUGGAAUUAUCCAGCACUGCAAUCCUUCAUCAGAUUCGGAGGGAUCAAGUCACAGACACAUGCCGAGCCAAUAGCAUGUCCAGCAGGAAGCGUCGUGUCCUGACACCCAAUGAUCUCAAACAUUUGGUGGUUGAUGAGGAUCAUGAAUUGAUAUAUUGCUAUGUACCCAAAGUGGCCUGUACCAAUUGGAAGAGAGUUAUGAUGGUCUUGACUGGGAGGGGUAAAUACAGUGAUCCAAUGGAGAUACCGGCUAACGAAGCCCAUGUCUCUUCAAACCUGAAGACGCUCAACCAAUACAGCAUCCCAGAGAUCAACCACCGCUUGAAAAACUACAUGAAAUUCCUCUUUGUCCGUGAGCCUUUUGAGAGACUGGUGUCAGCCUAUCGAAACAAAUUCACCCAGAAAUACAACACUUCCUUUCACAAGAGAUAUGGUACCAAAAUCAUCAAACGCCAAAGGAAAAAUGCAACCCAAGAGGCCCUUCAUAAAGGUGAUGAUGUGAAAUUUGAGGAGUUUGUGGCUUAUCUCAUAGACCCACACACCCAAAGGGAAGAGCCAUUCAAUGAACACUGGCAAACGGUCUAUUCUCUGUGUCAUCCUUGCCACAUCCAUUACGACCUUAUAGGGAAAUACGAGACACUCGAAGAGGAUUCCAACUACAUCCUUCAACUUGCAGGAGUAGGAAACUAUCUCAAGUUUCCCACCUAUGCAAAAUCUACAAGAACUACUGAUGAAAUGACCACAGAGUUCUUCCAGAACAUCAGCUCGGAACACCAAACACAGCUGUAUGAAGUCUACAAACUUGAUUUUUUAAUGUUCAAUUACUCCAUGCCUAGCUAUGUGAAGUUGGAAUGAGGUGUGCAGAGAGCCAGGAUGAAAGAGGAAUAAUGAAACCUGUUUUUAUUUAAGAUUUUUAUUUGUCACAAUUCCUUAUGAAGAAUGGGUUAUUUUGUAAGUUAAUGUUUUUUUUCUUUUUGAAUGAUGCUGCGAGCAGCAUAGUUGGAAAUUUAUUAUUUAAAUUGUCAGUAAGAAAGGACAACUCUGUUUGCAGGGUAAGAAAAUUGCAGUGACUAGAAGUGCUACACUGUCGGGGGGUAUUUGUUCUUAAUCUCCUGAUAAAUUCCUUUCAUUUUGCAUUGCUUCAUCAGCCCUAGCCUUUAUGUUAUUUAUGCUUAUUUAAGGACACAUUAGAUUUUUUGCUAGAAGCUGAAAUAUGACACUGUGUGGACAAAGAUGACUUUUUUAUGCUCUCCUUGCUAGAAUGUGCUUCUCUUCCUAAUGUCCGUUCAUGACUGGAUAUUUUUCAAGUGAUAAAUAAUACAUAUAUAGAGGGCUAAGUUAAAGUUUCUUAUUGAAUACACUUGACUUGCCAUUAUAAAAUUUGCUCCAUAACAAAACAAAACAAAAAAACACAAUCUGGAGCUGAGAAUUGCUUUCCUGUGAGGCCAUCAGUGAGCAAAAAAGCAUCAUGAGCUGCAGAACAUUUCAAAGGAAUUGGAUUGCAAAGAGUUUGAUACUAAGUGUACAACAGGUUCUCUCAUUUAGGUGUCUCUGUGUUCUUAAACAGUGAUUCUCAAUCCUUGAUUCACAGCAAAUGUUUUGAAUUUCAGCUCCCAGAAGUGGCCAAACAUUAGAGGUUCUGGAGGCUGAAGUAAAAACCAUUUGGAAUAUUAAUGAUUGGGAACCACAUGCUUUGGAAGAUUUCUAUAAAAUAAAACAGCCUGCAGUUAAGCACCUGUAUUUCCAAUGCUGAUAGCAAUCACUCUGAAAAAGGAUUUUCUUGUAUUGUUGUCCUUCCAGCCUUGGAAUGCAAAAGUUCACACACACUGUCCAAACUUUGGGAAAGAAAGACACGUGAAUGUAUAUUGCAGCAAGUAUCAUCUCUGCUUUCUUGGAUGUGUUGUUUAUAACUUUUUAAAAUCUUUGCAUUUGGAAUUUUCUUUUUUGACACCAAGGUGACCAUGUGACAAUGGAUGCAUUGCCAUUAUAAGCAGCAGCAGCCAGCAGUAAUGUUAUUCAGGACUGCAAUGUGUGAGUUAAUUGAUCAGUAAGACUGGUCAAAAGGUUUUGAAUGAAUUAAAUUGAAGGGAUACCCUAGUUCAUUGGGAAACAGACUUUUAAAGAAUUUUUAGAAUUAAAAAUGUUUAAAAUUUAAAGAGUUUUAGAUUAUUUUGGCAAACUUUAGAGGGGGCAAGCAUCAUUUCAGGAAGGAGAGUGGCAACAGGCCCUCUACUUUUACAGUGGUUGGGGUAGAUGAGUCAUGAAAAAGUGGAAUACCACAUUUAAAAAAAAAACUCUGUUUUUCUUUACCCAAGAAAACAUCUCUCUAGGAAUCUCUAGGUUCUCCAUCAUGACUCUCAUAAUCAACAUCGGGUGGAAGUUGGCCACAGAGCUUUACUGCAGGACCUAGAAUGUAUUAAAUCCGUGAAAGUUAAACUCACAAACUGUCUUCCUUCUCAUUCUAAACAUUAAAGAUUGGUCUUUUCAGAAUCUAAAAUCCAUAGCCCUGAUCUGGAUUCAGGUCAACAUUAUAUGAGAAGUUUAAACUCCCCUCUCCAUUUAGCUAAAAAUUGGAGACAUGUGGUGGAAGGGUUAACGAAAGUAAACAAUAUCAUUAUAGAUUUUGUUAUUGAUUUAAUAUCUCCCAUGUUGGGGCAAUGUGGAAGGAAUAAUUCAAACAAGAACAAGAUCCUAAGGAGGUUUACAUCAGGCCCCCUUUUAAUACUCAUCCUGAUCUUUACCAACUUCAGGUGUUUAAAAGAUCUUUCAUUUCAUGCUGUGUAUUAAAUAUGGUAUAUAGUGUGACCUGAAAGCCAAGGGGAUGCAUUUCCUUAAAAGAGUGGAAUGGUAUGUACAUUUUAGAUUCUCAAUUACACAAGGCCUUGUUAUAUGAUAGCAUACAUUAUUUCACUUUCUUCAAAUCAUGGUAAUCCUGAUCCUGCUAUAUUUGAACAGCAGGAUUAAUCUUCACUCCAUUCUGUUAUGUAGGGUAGAGGUCUUCCUUAGUGGUGCCACUGCCUCAAAAUAUUUAAACAAUUUGGUUUGUCUACAGAACAGUUCUUUAGUUAAUAUGCAAAUAUCUGCAGAUUUAAUCAGUUGAUCAAUUAAAAUCAUAUCAAAUCUUAAUUUACUAAACUGAAUGACAAUAACAAUUAUCAUCAUUAUAAGAAGGCCAGCCUGUUAAAAGUGAUUAGUGAUUUAGCUUCCAGACAAGGAGCCUGAUCCAAAGCACAAAGGCAUUUCAUUGAGCCGUUGAAGAUCAGGUCAGAAGAAUGUUUUCAGGCAGAUAAAAUCAUGUCUGACCAGGCUUCAGAGAUGUAUACAGGAAACGAUUCUCACUUGAUUCAGUCAUGAUUUGGUGGAAGAUUUAUCAUCUGUAACAAACACACACAGAACAUUUGUUGUCCUAGGAAGACAAGACUUGGAGUCCUUUCUACUUUAUGAUUCUACUUUAAAUGCCAUAAUGCCAGCCUAUGGAAUCUUGGAAUAUGCAUUUUGGAAAGAAGCGCUUAAAUCUCUGAGCAAGAGAGCUCUAGUUCUCACCAAACUACAGCCCAUGGGAUGCAACCACAGUUUAAGUGGAAUCACAGCACUAUAAAUGCAUAAUGGGAUAGAUUCAGAUUUUUCUGUGGUCUAAGUGGUGGGCUAAUGCCAUCUCCCAGAUAUGCAGGACCCCCUCUCCAUUUGUGGAUGUAACUUUUGCAAAUAUGAUUAUUCAGAGAUUUGAUCAAUAACCUCUAGGAAUCUACAGCCCCUCUCCAGUGUGACUCUGUGGAGUUGUGCUGGAAGACCUAGGGACUGCUAGAGAGAACACCUUUCUAGGAAUCUCUUCCAGCACCAACUUUAUUAUAUAUUUAUAGUGUGAAUUAAUUAUAGAAUUGCACUGGAAAACAUAGAUUCCUAGAGAGAUGGUCUCUCAGGUUUUAAAAAGCAGCUUUUAUUUGCAGUAUUCCCAUUUUUGCAGGGGUCCUGCACCCGUAACCAUGGUGAAUGAGGAGGGCUGAUUGUAUAUCAGCCCAGGAUGAAGGCCAGCACUGCUCUCACAAGUGACUUUGUUCAAGAAGCAGUUAUCCAAGCUAACCAUUAAACCUAGGCAAAUGUCUCACCCAUACUAAAGAAGAUGACGCUUCAGAAGUGUCUGCACUGCCAGUGAAAACUUUAGUGGGCUGUUCCAGCACUUCUAUGAAGGACACUCUUGGGUCAAUAACAAUGUCUUAUUUUAAGGGCAUUAUGGCCAGGAGGGGAAUCCAGCAUCCAAGUGGUUCAAUGAGAGUGUAACUGGAGAAACUGGACAACACUUUUCUGUGGGGAAUCACACCAACCACAUCAUGCCGAUGCCAAUGCUGUCCUGGCCCACCCAAACCUAUACUCUUGAAAUUGUGUUGCUUCUUUAUUUGUCAAAGCUUUCAGGUCAAGUGUCUCAGUGAUGACCACAGAAAGUUUAGAAGUAGUAGGUCAAUAUUUCAGCAUUCCAGGCAAGAACAUAGGGCAACAUUCAGGUAUCACAGCAUCAAUGCUUUAUUGGGUGUUAUGCAAGAUGGUACGCAGCACCUAUUACUAAAUACGUAUACUAUGAUUAUAUACGUAUCACAUGCACAUUCCUUUUGACAACCCCUAAAGAAAGCUGUGUAAGUAUUUCCUGUCUAAAAAGCAUUGAACUAAUUUAAGAAAUAAAAUAUUCUUUUACAUA